AUGAAAUAUCUUGAAAUUGUAGUGUAUAUUGACCAGGUUCUCAUCAUCUAUAGUUCAUUUACCAAGAUUAAUGAAGUAACCACAUCAAUUACAAUGUCAUACCAUGAGUUGAACUGGAUAAGUGCCUAUGUAGCUGGGAAGCCAAUAGAGCUCUCAUCAGUCUCUGAGAUCAAGAAUCAAUUAUCUUCAAAUAUGGAAAACAUACCAACUGAAUUGGUCGAGCGUUUAUAA